CUUCGGCAGCCAUCGAGGCGCUGGCGCCGGAGCUCUCCCGGGUGGCGGUGGUGCCCCGGGCAGAGAUGCAGCGGGGUGCGGUGGCCUUCGAGGACGUGGCCGUGCACUUCUCCCCCGAGGAGUGGGGGCAGCUGAUGCGGUGGCAGCGGCAGCUCUACUGGGAGGUGAUGCUGGAGAACCGGGACCUGGUUGCCAGCCUGGUCUCCGAGUCCAAGUUUGUCUGCAAAAUGGAGGCUGAGGAGGAGUCGUAUGUGGGGGACCCCUGCGGCAGAGGGGACGGGGGAGCUCCUGACACCUCUGGAACCUCUGCCUGGGACACGGCUGCUGCUGAGGAGCUGUCUGAGGAAGACAAACAGGGAUGCUGGGUCCCGUGCACAGUGCAAGCCAGUGCGGCCAAGGUGUGGUACACACCACUCCGCUCCAGCUUGUGUGACACAGAGACCUGGGCCGGAGCCUCCCCCCAGGGGCUAUUGGGGAGAGAGCAGGUGCUGGUGUCCGGGGCGCUUCUCAUCUGUGGCAUGUGUGGGCAGAGCUUCAAGGACGAGGCCCGGCUGCGCACACACCAGGGUGAGCACCUGCAGCCGGCACCCUCCUACCAGUGCAGGGCCUGCGGCAAAGUGUUCCGCCACCACCGCAGCCUCCUGACGCACAAGAAACAUGGGGGCCGGCACCGGCACGUCUGCACCGAGUGCGGCAGCACCUUCUGCUUGAAAGGCGACCUGCUGCGACACCGGGCGAGCCACGGCAGCGAGAGCAGCUACUGCUGCCCGCUGUGUGGGGACAGCUUCCUCCACAAGCGCAAGCUGCAGGCGCACCUCAAGGAGCAUGCCGCCGGCAAUGCCUGCCACGAGUGCUCCGACUGCAAGAAGUGCUUCAAGGACGAGGCCAGCCUGAGCCGGCACCGAGCGGCACACGGCGAGGAGCGGCCAUUCCGGUGCGGGCGCUGCGGGCGCAGGUUCAGCUGGCAGGAGAGCCUCAUCAUCCACCAGCGCAGCCACGUGCAGGAGCGCUCCCACAAGUGCCCCGUCUGCGGCCGCUGCUUCAGCCGCAGCGGGUACCUGCUGGCGCACCAGCGCGUGCACACGGCCGAGCGGCCCUUCACCUGCCCGCAGUGCGACAGGUCCUUCCGCAACAAGGCCAACCUCAUCACCCACAAGAGGCUGCACCGCCGCUGCCAGACCCUCACCUGCCCCCAGUGCCACCUGGGCUUCAGGUCCAAGAGCAAGCUCCUGAGGCACCAGCGUGAGCAUGCGGAGCGCGAUGCCAGGAGCCUUUGCACAGGGGGUGAGCAGGCUGGCUGCCAGCAGUAGCUGUGGCUGCUAUGGAGCUCAGGAGGAGUUUUAUCCCGAUGUGGAGGGUCCAGAGGAGCCCCUUCCUGCCCCCAGGGCCUGACUUCAUUGAUGCAAAGUGCCUUCCUCCCAGUGCCCAUCCAGGAUUUGUGAUCCCUGUGCUCCACGCCCUUUUGGACAUAGGGAAAUCCCUCCAGAGCACCUCAUUUUCUCUUCAGGCCUUGGAAUAUCCCUCCAGGGCACUUCCCAGUUCUCCCGGUCCCACCAGUGCCCUGCCCCUGUGUGGAGGGUGUCUUCUUGUCUACAUUUAAAGUAGAAGCGAGCGAU